AUGAACCUACCUUUUGGUUCAGGAGAGAACAUGUUUUGUGCUUACGAGCAGCAAGAAUCUCAACCUUCAUCAGCAGCCAUUUCGCCUGAUGAGCUCUACAAGUUUGUGGUUGCUUCAUCAGUACCUAGAUGCAAUCAUCACCAUCUUCCUUGGCAGGUAAAGAUUAAGUUGGUUGAUCAAGUUUUAACGAAUGGAGUUAAAUCAUAUCCUGAUGAAUUAUUCGGACUAGCAGCUGCAAAAGCUGCAGGAAUGACUUGUAUAGUUACCAAGAGUGGGUGA